CGAAUGGACGGCCCCGCAUGGCCGUCAGAUCGUCACUCCGUUGCGCGACCGCCGCCGCCGCGCUCGCACUCCACCACCAACAGCCAGCCUUCCUCGCCGCCGUCCGCCUCCGGCUUCGCCGGAUCCCGACGAGGAGAGCCAUGUCUUCGUCGUCGUCGGCUGCCGCCGCCGCCGCGCCGCACCAGGCCGGGACGUGGCACGCGGUGCCGGACCUCAGCCUCCGCGACCACCGUUUCGCCGUCCCUCUCGACCACUCCGCCGGCUCCACGCCCACCAUCACCGUCUUCGCCCGCGAGGUCGUCGCAGCCGGAAAAGAAGAGGCACCUUUGCCUUAUUUGAUGUACCUACAAGGUGGACCAGGAUUCGAAAGUCCUCGUCCCAUGGAAGCAAGUGGAUGGGUAAAGAAAGCAUGUGAAGAAUACCGCGUGGUGUUACUUGAUCAGCGAGGAACAGGAUUGUCAACACCGUUGACAACAUCAUCUCUUUCACAAAUAACAUCUGCAGUAGAGCAGGUGGAGUAUUUGAAGCAUUUCAGGGCAGAUAACAUAGUUAAGGAUGCAGAAUUUAUUCGUCUGAACCUUGUACCAGAUGCCAAGCCGUGGACAAUUCUGGGACAGAGUUAUGGCGGAUUUUGUGCUGUUACAUAUUUGAGUUUUGCUCCAGAAGGCCUGAAAUCUGUACUAUUGACUGGAGGGCUUCCACCACUAGGAGAGACUUGCACAGCAAAUACUGUGUACAGAGCCUGCUUUAAACAGGUUCAGCAGCAAAAUGAGAAGUACUAUAAGAGGUAUCCUCAUGAUAUACAAGUCAUUCACGAGGUUGUAAGAUACUUAAGUGAAUCUGAAGGGAAAGGAGUUCGUCUUCCAUCAGGUGGCAGGUUAACUCCUAAGAUGUUACAGUGCCUUGGAUUAUCUGGUUUAGGUUCUGGUGGAGGAUUUGAAAGGCUACAUUAUCUGCUCGAGAGAGUGUGGGAUCCUAUACUUGUUCCUGGUGCAAAAAAGAAUAUAAGCUAUUACUUCCUGAAAGAGUUUGAAAUGUGGUUAGGUUUUGAUCAAAAUCCUCUUUAUGCUCUCUUGCAUGAGUCUAUCUACUGUGAGGGAUCUUCUUCAAAAUGGUCAGCCGACAAGAUUUUCCAUGAACAUGGAAGUUUGUUUGAUCCUGUUAUGGCUACGGAAGAAGGCCGUCCUGUAUAUUUUAUUGGCGAGAUGGUAUUUCCGUGUAUUUUCGAUGAGAUCCAUGCUUUGCGAAGCCUAAAGGAGGCUGCCCAUUUGUUAGCUGAGAAGGAGGACUGGCCUCCAUUGUACGACAUCAGCGUCUUGAACAACAAUAAGGUUCCGGUGGCCGCCGCGGUGUACUAUGAGGACAUGUACGUCAACUUCAACAUCGCCAAGGAGACGGCCUCGCAGAUUGCCGGGAUCCGGCUGUGGGUUACCAACGAGUACAUGCACUCCGGCCUCCGUGACGGCGGCACCCACGUCUUCGAGCAUCUCAUGGGUCUUUUGAAUGGCAAGAAGCCUCUCUUUUAGCCUGCUAGCUCAUGCUGCCCAACUGCUCGUAGCUGCUCUAGAGCCUCGUAGAUGAGAAAUGAAUAACAAUGUACCUGGCAAUUGUUGUCUUAUAUGCAAAUAUUGCGAGAGAAAUUGCCGGCAAAAUUCCUGUACUCCAAACAGACCUUUGCGUACGAAUUGCACUAGAUAGCUUUCAGACAAAAAGGACAAAAGGUACAUAGAA